CUGGGCUAGCUGUGAAAGCGCUCGAGUUGAGAAAGUGAGGCGCAAUAAACACCUUUCGGUGUCUAAACACACAGCUAUGUCUGAAUUUGUUAUGUAAUUAGUGCAUAGUCUAUACACUUUAAAAGAAGUUAGAUCUACUUAACUUCUGGAUUUUAAGUGACGUUACCUUAAAAUCUAACAUUUCUAGUGUUCUUGCAACGCUGACCAAGCAGAAAGCAAAAUGACUGUCGCAGCUGGCUACACUGGAGAUUCAAAUGCUCCACUACGUGAAGUAAAAAAGAUUCAGUUUGGAAUCUUGGGCCCUGAAGAGAUACGCCGUAUGUCAGUUACUGACAAUGGUGGCAUCAAGUAUCCAGAGACUAUGGAAGGUGGGCGUGCAAAGCUUGGGGGUCUUAUGGAUCCAAGACAAGGAGUUAUAGACCGACAAUCUCGCUGUCAAACAUGUGCUGGAAAUAUGACAGAAUGCCCAGGACAUUUUGGUCACAUUGAACUUGCCAAACCAGUUUUUCAUGUGGCCUUCCUUACAAAAACAAUCAAAAUUCUAAGAUGUGUCUGCUUUUUUUGCUCAAAGCUACUUAUGGAUCCGGCUCACCCAAAGAUGAAAGAUAUAAUCAGUAAAUCAAAACAGUACCCUCAAAAGCGACUUGCCAAUGUAUACAACUUAUGCAAGUCACGCAAAGUUUGUGAAGGAGGAGAUGAGAUGGAACGUAAGAAAGAAGAAACUGAAGAAACAGAAAAUCAAGAGGAAACACCAAAGGGUCAUGGUGGUUGUGGUAGAUAUCAGCCAAACAUUAAAAGGAAUGGUCUUGAGCUCAUUGCUGAGUGGAAACAUACAAAUGAAGAAUCACAGGAACGCAAAAUUUUAGUCUCUGCAGAAAGAGUGCUUGAGAUUUUUAAAAGAAUUACAGAUGAGGAAUGCAUUGUGCUUGGCAUGGAUCCCAAAUGGGCUCGUCCUGACUGGAUGAUCGUGACAGUGUUUCCUGUUCCACCUUUACCUGUGCGGCCUGCAGUAGUCAUGUUUGGGUCUGCCAGAAAUCAGGAUGACUUGACACAUAAACUCUCAGACAUUGUGAAAGCAAAUAAUCAGCUGAGGCGCAAUGAGCAAAAUGGAGCUGCUGCUCACAUCAUACUUGAAGAUACUAAGAUGCUUCAGUACCACUGUGCCACUCUUGUAGAUAAUGAAAUUCCAGGCCUUCCAAAGGCUGUACAAAAAUCUGGUAGGCCACUGAAAUCUGUCAAACAACGUUUGAAAGGAAAGGAAGGCAGAGUUCGUGGUAACCUUAUGGGGAAACGUGUUGAUUUUUCAGCCAGAACUGUAAUUACACCAGAUCCAAAUCUAAGAGUGGAUCAAGUCGGGGUUCCCAGAACCAUUGCCCAAAACAUGACAUUUCCAGAGUUGGUCACUCCCUUUAACAUUGAUCGCAUGCAGAACUUGGUAAGGAGAGGGGCUAACCAGUACCCGGGUGCUAAAUACAUUGUGAGAGACAAUGGUGAACGCAUUGAUUUGAGGUACCACCCAAAAGCUAGUGACAUUCAUCUACAGAUAGGCUACAAGGUAGAGAGACACAUGAUAGACAAUGAUGUAGUUGUUUUCAACAGGCAGCCAACACUACACAAAAUGAGUAUGAUGUGUCACAGAGUUAAAGUUUUACCAUGGUCUACCUUCAGGCUUAAUCUGAGUGUAACCACACCAUACAAUGCUGAUUUUGAUGGAGAUGAAAUGAAUCUUCAUCUGCCACAAUCAUUAGAAACCAGAGCUGAAAUCUACAACUUGGCUUGUGUACCUCGUAUGAUCAUCACUCCCCAGGCUAAUAGGCCUGUCAUGGGUAUUGUACAGGAUACACUCUGUGCUGUUAGAAAGAUGACCAAAAGAGAUGUGUUCAUCGAUAGGUCUCAAAUGAUGAAUCUGCUGAUGUUCCUUCCUACAUGGGAUGGUCGAAUGCCUCAGCCAGCCAUUUUAAAACCACAACCACUCUGGACAGGAAAACAGUUGUUUUCUUUAAUCAUUCCCGGUCGUGUAAACUACAACCGAACACAUUCCACACAUCCUGAUGCAGAAGACAGUGGUCCAUACAAAUGGAUAUCUCCUGGAGAUACUAGGGUACUUAUCGAAGAUGCUGAGCUUAUCAGUGGAAUCAUUUGUAAGAAGGCUUUGGGAACCUCAGCGGGAUCACUGGUGCAUAUUGUUUUUCUUGAAAUGGGCCAUGAGAUAGCUGGUGAAUUUUAUGGCAACAUCCAGACCGUAGUCAACAACUGGCUUUUGUUGGAGGGUCACAGCAUUGGUAUUGGUGACACUAUUGCUGACCAGCAAACUUAUCAGGACAUCCAGGAGACUAUCAGAAAUGCCAAGAAUGAUGUGAUAGACGUUAUUGAAAAAGCUCACAAUGAUGAACUUGAACCAACACCUGGUAACACACUAAGGCAAACUUUUGAGAACCAGGUAAACAGAAUUCUUAAUGCUGCUCGUGACAAAACUGGAAGCAAAGCCCAACAGUCUCUCUCUGAAUUCAACAACUUCAAAUCUAUGGUCGUCUCUGGUUCUAAAGGAUCAAAGAUUAACAUUUCUCAGGUUAUUGCUUGUGUCGGUCAACAAAACGUUGAAGGAAAACGUAUUCCAUUUGGUUUUAAAUACCGCACCUUGCCCCAUUUCAUCAAAGAUGAUUAUGGUCCUGAGUCAAGAGGUUUUGUUGAGAACUCAUAUCUUGCUGGUCUCACACCUUCUGAGUUCUACUUCCAUGCUAUGGGAGGUCGUGAAGGUCUCAUUGAUACAGCCGUAAAAACUGCAGAAACUGGCUACAUUCAGCGUCGUCUUAUUAAAGCUAUGGAGAGUGUAAUGGUAAAAUAUGAUGGUACUGUAAGGAAUCAAGUAGAGCAGCUUGUUCAGUUGAGAUAUGGUGAAGAUGGUCUUGAUGCAUGCUGGGUAGAAUUCCAGUCCCUUCCUACCCUUAAACCAGCCGACAAAGCUUUUGAGAGGCGCUUCCGUUUUGAUGCCACAAAUGAAAGAUCAAUGAGAAAACAUCUCAAUGAAGAAGUUAUCAAAGAUCUUAUGGGCGAUGCUAGUUUGAUGGCUGAGCUAGAGAGAGAAUGGGAGCAGCUGAAUGACGACAGGUCAAAUAUUAGGCAGGUUUUUGCCACUGGUGAUGCUCGUAUUGUCUUGCCUUGCAAUAUGGAAAGAAUAAUGUGGAAUGCCCAAAAGAUUUUCAGAAUUGACAAACGGAAACCAUCAGACCUUCAUCCACUUAAAGUCAUUGAAGGUGUGAGAGAUCUCUGUCGCAAGCUGAUAAUUGUGGUUGGAGAAGACCAAAUUUCACUACAAGCUAAUGAAAAUGCCACCUUGCUCAUGAAGGCUUUGAUUAGGUCAACCCUCUGUACCAAACGUGUGGCAGAGGAACACAGUCUCACAUCAGAAGCUUUUGAGUGGGUAUUGGGUGAAAUCGAGACCAAAUUUCAACAAGCCAUGGCUCAUCCUGGUGAGAUGGUUGGAGCUUUGGCUGCCCAGUCUUUGGGAGAACCUGCCACACAGAUGACACUGAACACUUUCCAUUAUGCUGGUGUGUCUGCUAAGAACGUAACACUUGGUGUACCUCGUUUGAAGGAGAUUAUAAAUAUCUCUAAGAAACCCAAGACCCCGUCUCUCACUGUCUAUUUGUUGGGUCAAGCAGCCCGUGAUGCUGAGAGGUGUAAGGAUGUCUUGUGUCGCCUGGAGCACACAACAUUACGUAGAGUAACCGCUAAUACUGCUAUCUACUAUGAUCCUGAUCCAAUGAAUACUGUUAUUGCUGAAGAUCAAGAAUGGGUAAGCAUCUACUACGAAAUGCCAGAUUUUGAUGCAUCAAGAAUUUCUCCAUGGCUGCUUCGUAUUGAGCUUGAUCGUAAGCGUAUGACAGAUAAGAAACUAACUAUGGAAGCCAUUUCUGAAAAAAUUCAAGCUGGUUUUGGUGAUGAUCUCAACUGUAUUUUCAAUGAUGACAAUGCAGAAAAACUUGUGUUGAGAAUUCGUAUCAUGAAUUCAGAUGAAAACAAAUAUCAAGAUGAUGAGGAGGUUGUUGAUAAGAUGGAAGAUGAUGUUUUCCUACGCUGUAUUGAAGCUAACCUACUGUCAGAUAUGUCAUUGCAAGGCAUUGAAGCUAUUUCAAAGGUGUACAUGCAUCUGCCCAACACUGAUGACAAAAAGAGAGUACAUAUUACAGAAGAGGGAGAGUUCAAAGCAGUCAGUGAAUGGAUCCUGGAAACUGAUGGGUCUAGUCUUACAAAAGUGUUGAGUGAAAGGGAUGUCGACCCUGUCAGAACUUACACUAAUGACAUUAUUGAAGUUUUUGAUACUCUUGGUAUUGAAGCUGUGCGUAAAGCUAUUGAGAGGGAGAUGAACCACGUCAUUUCUUUUGAUGGUUCUUACGUUAAUUACCGUCAUUUGGCUCUACUUUGUGAUAUAAUGACCUCUAAAGGACACUUGAUGGCUAUCACACGUCACGGUAUCAACAGGCAAGAAACUGGCGCUUUGGCAAGAUGCUCUUUUGAAGAAACUGUUGAUAUCCUGAUGGAGGCUGCUUCUCAUGCUGAAACUGAUCCUAUGAAAGGAGUUUCAGAAAACAUUAUGCUGGGACAGUUGGCUAAAAUUGGUACAGGCUGUUUUGAGCUUUUGUUGGAUGCUGAAAAGUGUAAAUAUGGUAUGGAAAUUCCAAUAGCUACUGGAGUUGGACAUAUUGGAGGUGGUGUAGGCACUGGAAUGUUCUUUGGUGCAGCAGGCUCUCCUACAAGUUCCAUGUCACCACAGAUGACACCAUGGGGUCAGCCAGGAACACCAGGCUAUGCGAGCGCAUGGUCACCUGGAGUUGGCAGUGGGAUGACUCCCGGAGGAGCCGGAUUUUCUCCAUCUGCUGCCAGUGAAGCUGGAUAUUCACCAGGCUAUUCUCCGGCAUGGUCUCCACAGCCUGGGUCGCCUGGUUCCCCCAGCUCACCUUACAUACCAUCACCCAUGCAUGGAGGAGCUUCUUCACCAAGCUAUUCUCCAGCAUCACCUGCCUACAUGCCAAGCUCACCAGCUGUGGCAACACCUCAGAGUCCCAGCUACUCGCCAACUUCACCCUCCUACUCCCCAUCAAGCCCUGGAUACUCCCCAACUAGCCCUAAAUAUUCACCCACUUCCCCAUCCUAUUCCCCUACAAGCCCUUCUUACUCACCAACUUCUCCUUCAUAUUCCCCCACAUCUCCAUCAUACUCCCCAACCUCUCCAUCUUACUCCCCUACAUCACCAAGUUACAGCCCAACCAGCCCUUCAUAUUCCCCAACUUCCCCAUCCUACUCCCCAACAAGCCCUUCAUACAGCCCUACCAGCCCAUCUUAUUCCCCCACCAGUCCAUCUUAUUCCCCUACAUCUCCAUCAUAUUCCCCCACAUCCCCAUCCUAUUCCCCAACCUCUCCCUCAUAUUCUCCAACUUCCCCAUCGUAUUCCCCAACAUCACCCUCUUAUUCCCCCACAAGCCCUGGAUACAGCCCAACCAGUCCUUCAUAUUCCCCAUCAUCACCCAAGUAUUCCCCGGCUUCACCAUCUUAUUCACCAACUUCUCCAUCUUAUUCCCCAACAUCACCAUCAUACUCCCCCUCAUCACCUUCCUAUUCCCCAUCAUCCCCAUCAUAUUCUCCAUCAUCACCAAACUAUUCUCCAUCUUCACCAUCUUAUUCACCUGCUUCUCCAAAAUACAGCCCUUCAUCACCAUCCUAUUCCCCCACCUCUCCAUCUUAUUCACCAUCAUCACCUCAGUAUUCACCCAGCUCUCCAAAGUAUUCACCAGCAUCACCCCAAUAUUCCCCAUCAUCACCACGCUAUUCCCCUGCCUCCCCCUCCUAUUCCCCAUCUUCACCCAAGUACUCCCCAACUUCACCCCGUUACAGUCCAGCCUCUCCAGAUUACUCUCCCUCUUCACCCCAGUAUUCCCCAACCUCCCCUUCAUAUUCCCCAUCUUCACCAAACUAUUCACCAGCAUCCCCCACUUACUCCCCUUCAUCUCCCAAGUACUCCCCCACAUCGCCAUCCUCAUCACCAGCAUCACCUGGAUAUUCUCCUAGCAGUCCUGCUUACUCACCUACAACACCACAUUAUAGCCCUACCAGCCCUAGGUAUAUGGAUGAUGAUGAUCAGUCUUAAGGCUGUCACUUUAUAAUGACUUUGCUAUGUUGUACUAAAAUUAAAGUGAUAGGUCUUCACUUUGAAUUUGUGCUAGAUUUGUUGCCAUAUGUGAAUAUAUAAUGUACAUUUUAUUUUUCCCUAAUGGAAGUAAUUUUGUAUAUUAUUAGUCAAUACAAGUCGCAUCAUAUACUUGUUAUAUAGAAUGCAAGUUAAUUGAAAUGUGAUUUAAACUUUAAAAAAUAUCUUUAGUAUGGCUUUGUUUUCAUUUGUUAUAAGUGGCAUAUUUAUAAGUGAAAUGUGUACAUUAUGUCUAAAUAUUAACUGUUGUACAUAUAAUAGUUUGAUGUGGUCAUUUGGUGGCUUAUGUUACAAACUUUACUAAACUUGGAUGACAGCUGAAAACCACAGACUAUAAAAAACUAGAUUUUUAUCAUCUCUGGUAUUUUUAUACUAGAAAAUAUUUACUUGUUUACUAGAUUUAUCUCUAUUAAAUGUUUUUUUUUAUUUUUACAGGAAAUUUUGUUCUCUCACAUAAAGUAUUUGUUGAUAAAAUAAUAUUUGGCUUGGUUCUUUUGUAGGUUUUGUGUUUAAAAACAAACUUUUAAUUCUUGAUUCCUGUUUAAUUUGACAUUGUUGAUAAAUUGAAAUA